UCUGUGCUGGUGCUCCCAGUCAACAUCUCUGAGUAGCUGCUGCAGCACUGACCCUUUGGGGAGCCAUUCUGCAAACUGGUGCUGACCUUCAACCACUAUAACAUCUCUUUUAGCAUCUACUUCCCGGUUGUGAUGAGUGUGGACUGUUUUGUGGUACUGGUCACUGUGAGAUCUUACAGAUUGCCUACACAUACCUUUGCAUCUGGCUGGAUGUCACCAUCAUGGGUCUGCUCUUUCUUUUCCUUUGCCCAUGUCUACAGCAAUGAGUUACAGGCACCCAGUUGUGGGCUGCUCUUCUUGAGGCCAGAGCAGGCCUGGUUCCUGCCAAGCCACAUUUAUACAUUGGUUCUGGGCUUUUCAGUGCCUGAGUGCAUCAUCUGCCUGUUACAUGUAGAUCUACUACCCAGACUUCAUACAAUGAGGCUCCACUCUGGUGCUAAGGUUCUGAGGAAGGUCAAGAGGAAGUAAUUGUCCUGGUCCUCAAUGUGUUGGCUGUGUUCCUUCUCCACUAGGUGCCCUUCACUUGCCUGGCCUCUGCUGGCUCAGACUACAGACAUGGAUUAGCAUCUCCUAUGCCAUCACUAGCUCAGCUAUGCCAGCUCAUGCCUCAAUCCUUUCUUGUAUGCCUUCCUGGAUGACAACUUCUGCAAGAAUUUCUGUGCUGUAGGAGAAUAUAUGUCAGGAAGCCUGAGCAUCCUUGCCAUUUAUCACCUCCAAAAGCAGAGGUUAAUCCAGCCAGGAGAUGUUCUGCCUCUUCACACUUAUCCCUGUGUUCUCCAUACAAACAGAUACAAACAACCAUGACAUUGCCUUUCUGUACCUCUGUCUCCUGGACAUCCCUGGGGAGACAGAAUCAGGUAUUUUGGUCCCAGUAGCUAGCAAAAGUCUGGUCACCCAAAGAGGAUGGACAGAUAGAGAGCCCUUUCACUAGUUCUUUAUGUGUCCUGGGACAGGACUCCUUGUAGAACUGAGAGAUUAUAAAAGCACAGGCAUAUGGUGAUAUAUUAUGUACCCCAAUAAAGCUUAUCUAGGGAUCAGAGGACACAACCAGCCACUAAAUUAAACAUAGAUGUCAGGCAGUGGUGGCACACACCUUUAAUCCUAUCACUCAGGAGGCACAGAUCCAUCUGGACCUCUGUGAGUUCAAGGCCACACUGGGCUACAUGAGAGAAACAGAACCAAGCAGUGGAUGCCUUUAAUCCCAGGAAGUAAUAUGGCAGGACACAGAAAGGUAUAUAAGGCGUGAGGAAACAGGAACUCUCUCUUCUUGAGACUGAGGAUUUCCUAUAGGUAAGAACUUGUGGCUGGCUUGUUUUGAUCUUUCAGUUUUCACCUCAAUAUUUGGCUCUGGGUUUUUUGUUAUAAGACCUUUUAAGAUUCGUGUUACACAGGCACUUCAGCAAUAAGGCCAAAUAUUGCUGUGGCCCAAGACUCUGACACCCUCAUGGCAUGUGCCAUACUCCUGCCCACCAUGUCCUCAGCUUGCCAGAGCACUUGGACCUUCCCUUAAACCAGAUAGUGCUAGCUAACUUUGCUGUCCAUACCUUUGGUCAGCCCUUAAAUGUUAUCCUCCUGAUGUCUCCCUGACCUAUUGCCUAUUGUUGUGGCUUAAUGCUGUGCAACAAAAACUUAGACAUCAAGAAAUAAAGUGUUUAGCUUCUAAGGAUCCAAAACUGGGAAGUGGCUUAUUCAAAGGCUUUGACUCAACCUCCCAUGGGACUUCAAGCAGAACACUGGUGAGGUCUACGUCCUCUGAAGGCUAGACAAUGGCUAGGGUCUCUUUCAAGAAGUCCUGCUUGUUAAUAUUCUGACCCGCCCCUUGAAACCCCACCCCCUUGGCACCACCCUGUGUCCUGACAUAAAAGCCCCAUUCUAAAGGAAAACUCCUCUCUCUCUCUCUCUCCCUCUCUCUCUCUCUCCCUUGCUGCGCAUCCUCAAACCCUUCUCUCCUCUCUGUCUCCCUUCCUCUCUCUCUGUCUCUCUCUCUCUGUCUCUCUCUGUGUGUCUCCUCCUUUCUGUCUCUCUGCCUUUUUAUCUCUCUAUUAUAAUUAAACUCUCCAUGUGGAUGCAUUGUCUGGGUUGUGUAUCACUGGCCGCCACCACUGCCGCCAUACUCCACAUGGUGUGUGCAUCUGCCCAGCCCGAUGCAUCUGCCAGCAUGGUUCCCUGCAUUCGCAGGAUACCCACAGGGGCCCCACAACUCGUAAUGAUUCAUAACUGCUCCCAUGACUACUGGCAAGAUAUGGAUGCUCUACAAGCUUCUGGAGUGUUCUCACAUCAAGGAAUCAGGGGACCUGAAAGUCAAAAGGAAAACUAGACAAACACUUUGUGUGACCUAGUCUCAGAAGCCACUCUCAGUCCCUUAUAUAUGCUGAAUAUUGAGAGAAAUAGUUGAGGACAGCCUACACUGAGGGCUGUGGGCACUUUGGGGGGGGGGGGUGUUUGUUUUUUGGUUUGGUUUGUUUUGGGGGUGUUUUUGUUUGGUUGGUUGCUUGGUUUGGUUUGGUUUUUCUUUGGGGGAGUAGUUUUUUCCCAAGACAUGGUUUCUCUGUGUAACAGUCCUGGCUGUCCUGGAA